UUGAUGGAUCGUUGAGCGUUGAGGCUGAGUGCACAAGGAGACGGUUAAAUUGACUUAACCAAACGUGUGGCGCCCCGAAAGGACACUAGACGUCGCAUCUUGUCCAUUGCUUCCUCUUCAUAUCCCACAUUCAGACUGAUUCCCACACACAGAGAGUGAGACAGAGUGGAUUGGUGUGUGUGUUUAGAUAACUUGGAAAAUAUAGCAAAGGCAUUUCAAGUGGAAUGGCAACAAAUUGAAAUUCGUGUCCGGCAGCAGACGUGAGGCAAGGCCAACAACAACAACAACAACAACAGUAGCUGCAACGACAACUGCAGUGGAUAAACAACGGGAACAUAUCAGCUAGCCCAAAAACUGUGCAGCAAAUCAGCUGGAAUUCGUUUUUGGUGCCACAUAUCCGGGCAUUGAUUAAUGUUACGCAUACGCCGCGUGCGACAGUCGCCCUUCAACUGUGACCACUCCACAACUUCCACAGCCCAUUAACAGCAACUGGCGCACGAAUUGCAGCCAUACAAUUGCCAUUGCAGCCUAUAUAUAAACAUAGAGGGAGAGAUAGGAGCUUCCUCCAAUAACUUUCAUCAUGGCAUUCAUUUGGCGACGUCGUUCCACAACGAUUGUUAAGCUGGUAGCCCUGAUGCUGGCCAUUUGGUUCUGCAUCGCAUUCCUCAUCUACACGGACGAUACGCGUCGGCGGGCGAACGUGCAGGAGAGCAGCGGCUUCGGCGCCAGCGGCAACAAUGGCUUCAAUGCUGCCGGCGGGGCCGGAGAUCCCAUUGCACUGGCUCUGAAGAACGGGCCCGUAUCCGACGAGGAGAUGAAUGCGGCCAACAAUGCCUUCGAUGGAAAUCGCAAUGAUUUAGAGGAUGUCGCCGAUCGCGCCGCACCACAGGAGGCGGAUGUGCCGCCCACGGCGAAGCACAAGCGUGUCAAGGUGAUUCCACGGCAGCAGAACGUCGAGUCCUUGCACCGCAAUGUGGCUGUCCAUGCGGACGAGAAGACGCCCCAUAAGCAGGAAGACGAUAAAAGUUUCUUGGAUCCGCCCGCUGCUAAUCUGGAAGAUAACCCUGGCGAGAUGGGCAAGCCUGUCAUCCUGCCCAAGGACAUGUCGCCGGAGAUGAAGAAGGCCGUGGACGAUGGCUGGACGAAGAACGCCUUCAAUCAAUAUGUCUCCGAUUUAAUAUCCGUGCACCGCUCGCUGCCCGAUCCGCGCGACGCCUGGUGCAAGGACAGCGCGCUCUAUCUGAGCAAUCUGCCCAAGACGGAUGUCAUCAUUUGCUUCCACAACGAGGCGUGGUCCGUGCUGAUACGCACGGUUCACUCCGUGCUGGAUCGAUCUCCCCCGGAGCUGAUUGGUGAGAUUAUUCUGGUGGAUGACUUCAGCGACAUGCCGCAUCUCAAGAAGCAGCUGGAGGACUACUUCGCUUCCUAUCCCAUGGUGAAGAUUGUGCGAGGAGCGCAACGUGAGGGCCUGAUACGUGCUCGCCUGCUGGGCGCCAAAUAUGCCAAAUCACCUGUGAUUACCUAUCUGGACUCGCAUUGCGAGUGUGCGGAGGGUUGGCUGGAGCCGCUGCUGGAUCGCAUUGCCCGCAACUCGACCACAGUCGUCUGUCCCGUUAUAGAUGUUAUCGAUGAUACGACCUUAGAGUUUCACUAUCGCGACUCCAGUGGGGUCAACGUUGGCGGCUUCGAUUGGAAUUUACAAUUCAGCUGGCAUGGGGUGCCGGAACGUGAGAAAAAGCGCCAUAACAGCACAUCGGAGCCCGUCUACUCGCCGACCAUGGCCGGAGGCCUGUUCUCGAUAGACCGCAAGUUCUUCGAACGGCUGGGCACUUACGACUCGGGCUUUGAUAUCUGGGGCGGUGAGAAUCUGGAGCUGUCCUUCAAGACCUGGAUGUGCGGCGGCACUCUCGAAAUUGUGCCCUGCUCCCACGUGGGCCACAUAUUCCGCAAGCGCUCCCCCUACAAGUGGCGCACGGGCGUGAAUGUGCUGAAAAAGAAUUCGGUUCGUCUGGCUGAGGUCUGGAUGGAUGAUUACGCCAAGUACUACUAUCAGCGCAUUGGCAUGGAUAAAGGCGACUUUGGUGACGUUAGCGAGCGCAAGAAGCUGCGUGAGGAUCUGCAGUGCAAGUCCUUCCAAUGGUAUUUGGAGAACGUAUAUCCGGAGCUCUUCAUACCCGGCGAUGCGGUGGCCAAUGGCGAGAUAAGGAACUUAGGUUAUGGCGGUCGCACCUGCUUGGACUCGCCCUCGGGCAAGCGCUACCUGAAGAAGCCCGUCGGUCUGUAUCCUUGCCAUCGGCAAGGCGGCAAUCAGUUCUGGAUGCUUAGCAAAACGGGCGAAAUACGCCGUGAUCAGGCCUGCCUGGACUAUGCGGGCAAAGACGUGAUACUCUUCGGCUGUCACGGCUCCAAGGGCAACCAGUUCUGGACAUAUCGCGAGAACACGAAGCUGCUGCAUCACGGCUCCUCGGGCAAGUGCCUGGCCAUAAACGAGAGCAAGGACAAGCUCAUCAUGGAGGAGUGCGAUGCGUCGCAUCUGCGCCAGCAUUGGAUCUUGGAGAACUACGACAGCAGCAAGUUGUGAGGCUACUUUUAUGCGAAGGGCACCGUAUUGCUGGACAGCAGAAGCAGCACAAGCAGCAGCAUCAGCAGCAGCAGCAGCAUCAACAGCAGCAGCAGUAGCAGUAGACGUAUUCAUAGUUUUUAAGCAGAGGUCACGGCCCGCGAGAGUUGUGCAAUAGGCAUUAGCAGAGGAUUUGCCAUGGCUUUUAACUGAAGCAACGACAUGAACACACACACACACACACACACUUAUAGAUAGAGACACACAUAUAAUACGAAUUAUUUAUCUGAAUAUUCAUUUCGUACGUCUUGAUUUCAAUUGAAGCGAUAAGCCUAGCGAAAUUAGUUGGUAAGCGCACAAGCAGGAAAGGGAACGACUGUUGUACAGUAGAUCUAAGUCUUCUAAGCAUAGCACGUAGCACAUUAAUUACUAAAUAUAUCUAGAUAUACACAUACAUAUAUUAUAGUUAUUUAGCAACUUGGGCUAAAUAGAGUUCAACUGGCAAGUCGUAGCGCAAUUUUUGCAUUUACAUGUUAAAAACUUUUUAGCACAAUUUUUUAAUUCAAGGCAAACUUUGUGUUUGUCUGUGUGUGUGUGUGUGUGUGUGUAUUUGUGUGUGUGCAAUUGACAAGCCAAUAACUGAGCUGUGCAGCACAGUGCAUGCACACAAGUAUAUAUAUACAUACAUAUGUGCUAGAUAUAGAUAUCUUGUACUAUUUAUGAAAUUCUCCAGACAUCUAAAUGGCUUUGCUGAAGCCAAAUUCCAAAUAUGUUUUAGCCUGUAAGUCUUGCUUUAAGUCUAUUGUUGUUGUAGUUGAUUUUUUUGGAAAGCAUUUGGUGAUUUUGCCCCUCUCCUGCGCCUCUCGCCCCCCCUCUCUUAUCACGUCAUUCCCAAUUGCCUAGAAGGAUGUACUUAUCCUGCUUAUAUUUAUUUUGUUUUUUUUUAAGCUCAAUUUCUGUUUCGCAAAUAUGAGAGAAGACAAGGAGAAACCUAUGCCAAAUUAUGUUUACGAGGGCAGACAUACAUAUAUAUAUUGAAAUUUACAUCUAUAUAUAUAUAUUUAUAUAUUCAUUUGCAUUUUGUUAUGAACUCAACAAGGACUACAUAUCCCGUUUGUUAGACAACGCCAGCUUAUAGAGUAGCUACACUUCGUGUGUAGAAUAUUAUAUCAUCAGCAGUUCAGACAGACUUAUCGAUAUCACUAAAGUAUAGAGCUAGGUACUUAAUCUUAAGACACAAAUAUGCAAUAGUGCCUUCUACUUUAACUGACGUACUACUACUACUACUAAACAGCAACUAUGGAAUCGUUUGCGCGCCCAGCCCUAGUGGGUCUUCAUAUGAGUCACAAACAGAACCGACUGUAAAUACCUACAUGUGCAUAUAUAAAUUUAUAUAUCUAUACGAAAACUGUACAAUUUUAUAGCGCAAAUGUAAAUAAUCGAACAUUUGAUAAUCACGCGUUCAUAUAUAUAUAUAUAUAUAUAUAUCGAGCUAUUGUCAUGUCGUGCUUGAUUUGCGAUCGUAGGAACGUUCAACGUUUACAUUUAGCGUACAAACCAAAAGCCAUAAAUGUGGUUAAGAAAUUUUGAUAAUGAUCCAAUAAUACCCUAAGCGCGUAGUGAAUGUCUAGUACUUAAGCAAUUACACAAGUUGUACAAGGACACACAAAAUAAAGUUACAAAUAAAGAAAAA